AUCUCAACAGCAAUGGAUUUAUUUGCGACUAUGAGCUUCAUGAACUCUUCAAGGAAGCUAAUAUGCCAUUGCCUGGAUAUAAAGUGAGAGAAAUUAUUCAAAAACUCAUGCUGGAUGGAGACAGAAAUAAAGAUGGCAAGAUAAGCUUUAAUGAAUUUGUUUAUAUUUUCCAAGAGGUAAAGAGCAGUGAUAUUGCUAAAACCUUCCGCAAAGCCAUCAACAGGAAAGAAGGGAUUUGUGCUCUGGGAGGAACUUCAGAGUUGUCCAGUGAAGGAACACAGCAUUCCUACUCAGAGGAAGAAAAAUAUGCUUUUGUUAACUGGAUAAACAAAGCUUUGGAAAACGAUCCGGAUUGCAGACACGUUGUGCCCAUGAACCCCAAUACUGACGACCUUUUCAAAGCAGUUGGUGAUGGAAUUGUGCUCUGCAAAAUGAUCAACCUUUCAGUUCCUGAUACAAUUGAUGAGAGAGCAAUCAACAAGAAGAAACUUACACCCUUCAUAAUUCAGGAAAACUUGAACUUGGCACUGAACUCGGCUUCUGCCAUUGGGUGUCAUGUUGUGAACAUUGGUGCUGAAGAUCUGAGGGCCGGGAAACCUCAUCUGGUUUUGGGACUGCUGUGGCAGAUUAUUAAGAUUGGCUUGUUUGCCGACAUUGAAUUAAGCAGGAAUGAAGCACUGGCGGCUUUACUUCGAGAUGGUGAGACUCUGGAGGAGCUUAUGAAAUUGUCUCCAGAAGAGCUUCUACUGAGAUGGGCCAACUUUCAUCUGGAAAACUCAGGCUGGCAAAAGAUCAACAACUUCAGUGCUGACAUCAAGGAUUCCAAAGCCUAUUUCCAUCUGCUCAAUCAAAUUGCACCUAAAGGACAGAAGGAAGGUGAACCAAGGAUAGAUAUUAACAUGUCAGGUUUCAAUGAAACAGAUGACUUGAAGAGAGCUGAAAGUAUGCUUCAACAAGCAGAUAAAUUAGGUUGCAGACAGUUUGUUACCCCAGCUGAUGUUGUCAGUGGAAACCCCAAACUGAACUUGGCCUUUGUAGCUAACCUAUUUAAUAAAUACCCAGCACUAACUAAACCUGAAAACCAGGACAUUGACUGGACUCUACUAGAAGGAGAAACUCGUGAAGAAAGAACCUUUCGUAACUGGAUGAACUCCCUUGGUGUUAAUCCCCACGUAAACCAUCUCUAUGCUGACCUGCAGGAUGCCCUGGUAAUCUUACAGUUAUAUGAGCGAAUUAAAGUUCCAGUGGACUGGAGUAAAGUUAACAAGCCUCCAUACCCAAAGUUGGGGGCCAACAUGAAAAAGUUAGAAAACUGCAACUAUGCAGUUGAAUUAGGGAAACAUCCAGCUAAAUUCUCCCUGGUUGGCAUUGGAGGACAAGACCUGAAUGAUGGGAACCCAACCUUGACCUUGGCUAUAGUCUGGCAGCUGAUGAGAAGAUAUACCCUUAAUGUUCUGGAAGAUCUUGGAGAUGGUCAAAAAGCAAAUGAUGACAUCAUUGUAAACUGGGUGAACCGAACAUUGAGUGAAGCUGGAAAGUCAACUUCCAUUCAGGGCUUUAAGGACAAGACGAUCAGCUCCAGUUUGGCAGUUGUGGAUUUAAUUGAUGCCAUCCAGCCAGGCUGCAUUAACUAUGACCUUGUUAAGAGCGGGAAUCUAACAGAAGAUGACAAGCACAAUAAUGCCAAGUAUGCAGUUUCAAUGGCCAGAAGAAUCGGAGCCAGAGUAUAUGCUCUCCCUGAAGACCUUGUGGAAGUAAAACCGAAGAUGGUCAUGACUGUGUUUGCAUGUUUGAUGGGCAGGGGUAUGAAAAGAGUUUAAAAUAACCAAGUCAGAUGUUCCCAGGGGAAGUUCUCAUGGCUUAAGGAAUUCUUGGUCACGUGAAGGACUUUUAGUUUUGAUUAACAAGACUAGCUCAUCAUGACAGCCUUCGGGAAAGAGUUUUAGGAACAAGCAACUCCUCUUUCCCCUAGAGUUGGAUCUUUUCAGCACACUUGAACAUGCUCACAGCCAACUGUUUGCUCUCUCCUUCUAGAAUGCUGCCCUUGACAUUUCCCAUUGAUAUGUAUUAUCUAUGUAUCUUUUCCCUCUUGGGGUGUCCAUCUCUGGAGACUAGCUUAGAUGGGUAAAUAGGACUAUUAUUAGCUCAUCAUUUUGCUCUUCAAGUUCUAUCAGUUCUUACUGGAGAACUGUGCUCUGAUACUAUGUGGAGAUGAGUGUCUUUUGCUUACUUUGUAGUGCUGAAAAUCUGCUGGAGUAACUGGCUGUGCAGAUUGUACUAGAAGCUUUUCUCAUUCUUUUAUUUUUAAAAUCAGCGUCUUUUUACAGUAUUCUUUCUACAUGAUUAUUUUUUGUACAUUUAAGAAUAUUUUGAUUACAUUCCAUAAGCCUGGUGAUUUGGUACUUUUUUAAAGGGGUCUUAAAGUAGGUUAAAAAAAUGCAUAAACUAUAUGUGGAGGAAAGUGGAUCCUAAGGUUGCAUUUCCCCCUCACACCCAGGCUCAAAUGAAAUGAAAUAUUUCAUCUUCAGUAAUUCAGUCUGAUACAUACUUUGUUUUGAAACCUUUAUCACAAAAAUCUCUUUUUAUCUAAAAUGCUGUUGAAUAAGACACUUUUGAAGAGACAGUGAGAUCAGAAUUUAGAUGGGAUUUGGUAAGCAAUAUAUCCAAGUGUACAAUAGAUUUUUAAAUUUUACACCUAUAACAAGAAAACGGUCACAGAAAACGGAAAGUAUGUAUGUCAGACUUGAUGUACUAUUGCUUUGUCAAGCUCUUUGCUAUAGUUCUCAAGAUCAUUGUGUUAAUCUAACUCUAAAAAGUAAUGUAAUCUGUUAGCAACAUAGUAGUCCAAAUAAAGGCAUUUGCAUAAUAA